AUGGGAUGUUGUUCCUCAUCGAAAUCUUCUAUUUAAAAUGUUUAAAAACCUAUUUUUAAAUAGGAUAGUUAAUAAUCUGAAAAUAGUUCAAUUUUUAAUGAAUCAUAAGAAAAAUAUAAGGAACAAUAAUAAGAACAAGAGACUUGUGCAAAAUCAGAUUUAAAUAAGAAGAAAACCAAUUAAUUAAUAAGUUUUAAAGUUUAAUAAGACAUGAUUCAUAAUAAGGAUGAUGUUAAUGCAAUUGAUGAUGAGUUUUUUGAAUCUAAAUAUUAGAGCAAUGUCUAUAAAAUAGAAAAAAGAAAUUCAGAUUCUGAUUAUUGA